CCCCGCGGAGCGCAGCGGGCGCACAGCCGCGCUCCAGCCGCGCUUCCUUCCUCGCCGCGCAGCGCAGCGCGCAGAGCCCAGUCGUGCAGGACCAGCCCUCCCUCCCGCAGGGAGUUAAACGGCGCUACGGAUGUACUCAGUGGUCUUGGGUUCAAUCAACAAACUAUGGAAUGGAAAACUCUUGUACAAAUGCACUUCCUCUUACCGUAAAUUCUUCCCAAAAGAAAGAGACUGUGUGUAUUUUUGGAACAGGGGAUUUUGGGAGAUCUCUGGGAUUAAAGAUGCUCCAGUGUGGUUAUGCUGUUGUUUUUGGAAGUCGAAACCCCCAGAUGUCCAGCCUGCUGCCCAGCGGUGCGGAGGUCUUGAGCUACUCGGAAGCAGCCCAGAAGUCUGACGUCAUAAUCGUAGCAAUCCACAGGGACCACUAUAAUUUUUUCAUAGAUCUAAUUGAGGUUCUCCAUGGGAAAAUAUUGGUAGAUGUCAGCAACAACCUCAAAAUCAAUCAGUAUCCAGAAUCGAACGCAGAGUACCUUGCUCAGUUGGUGCCGGGAGCCCACGUGGUGAAAGCAUUUAAUACCAUCUCAGCCUGGGCGCUCCAGUCCGGAGCGCUGGAUGCAAGUCGACAGGUGUUUGUCUGUGGAAAUGACACCAACGCCAAACACAGAGUGAUGGAUAUUGUUCGCGCUCUGGGACUCACUCCAUUGGAUCAAGGAUCUCUCAUAGCAGCCAAGGAAAUUGAAAACUACCCCCUGCAACUGUUCCCGAUGUGGAGGUUCCCCUUCUGUUUGUCUGCUGCACUGUGUGUCUUCUUCUUCUUCUACUGUGUUAUCAGAGACAUAAUCUACCCUUAUGUUCACAAAAAGGAAAAUCACAUAUUUCGCCUGGCCAUUUCCAUUCCCAACCGUGUCUUUCCAAUAACAGCACUUAUACUGCUGGCCUUGGUUUACCUCCCUGGGGUGAUCGCUGCCAUCCUGCAGCUUUACCGAGGUACAAAAUACCAGCGAUUCCCAGCCUGGCUCGACCACUGGAUGCUCUGCAGGAAGCAGCUUGGCUUGGUAGCUCUGGGGUUUGCCUUCCUGCACGCCAUCUACACACUUGUGAUUCCUAUUCGGUAUUAUGUACGGUGGAGGCUGAGAAACGUAACUGUUACCCAGGUGAUAAACAAGAAGGAUGACCCCUUCAGUACCUCUUCAGCCUUGCUUGGUGAUUCGUAUGUAUCUUUGGGGAUCCUUGGGUUUUUUCUGUUUGUACUCUUGGGAAUCACUUCCUUGCCGUCUGUCAGCAACAUGGUCAACUGGAGAGAGUUCCGAUUUGUGCAGUCCAAACUCGGCUAUUUGACCCUGGCCUUGUGCACAGCCCACACCCUGGUGUACGGUGGGAAGAGGUUCCUCAGCUCUACAGCUCUAAGGUGGUAUCUUCCUUCAGCCUACAUCUUAGCACUCAUCAUUCCCUGCACGGUGCUGGUGGUCAAGUUUAUCCUCAUCAUACCAUGCAUAGACAAGACCCUCACUCGAAUCCGCCAGGGCUGGGAAAGGAACUCAACAUCCUCGAAAUCACUACUGUUGGGAAAAUCAGAUGUUUCAAGCAAAGUUGAACGUACCUGGGCUUCUGAAAUCUAGUAUUAAAUGGUGAGAAGGAAGAAAUGGACACAAUUAAGAAAGCUUUAUUUCCCCACCACCACCUGAGAUUUCUCUCCACAGAAGAAACUUUUGCCCAAUUUUGAGAAAGUAACAUCAGAAGAGAUAUAUCUGUUGUAUCUCAGGUUAGGGGUGAGUCCGCUCAGGGCCUUGCUGCUAUUUUCCCUGGAGACCAUGGAGCUGCCUCGGUGCAGGCAAGCUAGAAGCAUGUAGGAUGGAGAUUAGCUUUGUGGUUUCACACGAAGGAGGUUCUUUGCUGUGGGCAGCCACCAUGACCUAAUGUCUUGCAAAAUCCAGGAAAAGUACCUGCAACUUCCUGCUCUGAUUCAAGGGCUGAGUUAAAUACACAGAAAACAGCCUGAUGGUGGCCACUAACACAGGCAAGAGAGAAAGUGCCACCAUGAUUUUUACACUCGGUGCUGGUGAUCAAACCCAGACCUUUGCUCAUAUGAGGCAAGUGCUCUGCAGCCCUGCAGCAGUGAAUUCCAUAGUUAAAUGCAUUGCUUGGUUUGGGUUUUACCAGUAUGAGUAUCUGCUUUGAGGAACUAUGUUAUGGCACAACAAAAAUCCCACAACUGAUAGGAAGUGACCAUGACUUGGGUAUAUGCAAAUCUACAUAGUUAUACAAUCCUUCCCUCUAAGGAACAGGUGUAGGAGAGAUUGAGAAACACUGGGAAAUAUAUCCAUUUGAGUUUUUCUUGAUGUGCAAUAAACAAGGGAGGAUUGAUAGCAGCCCUUGCACAAAAAGUUCAAAUAAAGCAGAACUUUAGGGCUGGGGAUUGAGCUCAGUGGCACAGUGCCUGCCUGGCAAGUGCAAGGUCCUGAGUUUGACUCCCGGUACAAAAAAAAAAGCAGAACUUUAGCUAGGAAGCUAAAUAAAUAUUGUCAAACUUUACUAUACUAGUUUGGGUAUUAUCUAGCUACUGUGCAAUGCUUUAUAAAUUAUAUUUUCUAAAUAGUAUUCAAUACUAGUCAUCUAUCAAAUCAAUUUCUAGUACAAUGAUAUAACUUCUAUCAUUCAUCUUAGUCUGUUAGGAUUUUCAGCAGUAAAAGUAUAUGAAUUUUCUGAAAAUGUAAUUUUAACCAAUGCAUAGAUGAGAGAAAAUUAUGGACAGUUACAGGGCAGAGAGGUGUAAGCAGCAGUUGUUAUGAGACUUGGAUCCUUGUCAAAUCCUUGCUGGAAUGUAGGGUGGUUCUCACUGUUUCUCCAUGCUGAUAGAGCCCUUUCCAAGGUGACCUUCAACAGGAUUAGCCUUCCAGCUCACGGAGGCUGGGCAAGGAUACUUACGCAUAAUCUUCCCACAUAUCACUGAGAUCACCAAGCAACGCUGGGUUUCACCCUUUUCUGCUUAAUCUACAAAGACCGUUUAUUUUUCUCUCUCUCUUUUUAACUUUUAUUAUUACAUAUUAUACAUGACAUUGUACAAUUAUUAAAAUAUGUUAAAGCAUCACCCACAAUCUAUCAAUACUCUAUAUUCAAUUUUAUUUCCUUCUUCACUUAUUAAAUGCUUCAUUGUCCUACAUGGCAUAGACAUUUAUUUAAUGGAUACCUAAUUUUACAGCAAAUACAGUUUUUUUAAACCACUGCCCUAAUAGAGCAUAUAGGCUAUAUCUAUUUUACACUAAAACAAAAAAAUUCAGAGAAUAUCUUCUUAUACCUUAUAAUAUAUUUCCAUAGUAGCAGUUAUCACCUCAGAAUGCUUGCCAAGAAUUGUAAUUACAAAGUUAGAGAAUUUCUUUAGUGUUUUCUGGGUACUGCAAAUUUAAUUGUAAAAUGAUCUUAUCCAUACCAUUAGCAAUGCCUGAGGGCAUUUGAUGUUUUAUUUCACUUUGUGUUUUCUUACAAAUAGUUGCAAAGAUACACAGAGCCUAUGAGCCUUUAAUUGAUUCUUGAUCAACCCAAGCAAGGACACAAAGAGCUGGGAGACUUUGAGCAGCUGUGAUAUAUGGGGUUCCCCCUGGGGCAUCAGUGAAAAGACAAAAAUGUCACUACUCACCCGUGUUACGCACGGCACAGCGGCUGGAAGAUUGAAUAUCCAUACUGGUCUAGGAAAGUUGGAGUUUCAAGCACUCCCAUUACAGUAACAGUCGUAGUCCAUCACUAAAAAGAGAAGAUACUGCACCUGGGGAAAACAUUUAUCCAUAGUAAAAAAUAAACGCUACUCUAUAGUCUGGGGGAAAUGCUCAAGUACUUAAUAAAAGCCAUCCAUCAAGCCUAAAGUUAAAGAGCAGCCCUUAGGUUUUGGCAAAAGGGCUGCACUGACUGAACUUUGUCCCCAGCUGCAAGGGCAGCAAGCUUACCAGAGGCAGCCACUUUCUUUCUUCCACUCCUUGCUAUACCCUCUCUCCACUUGAAGCCAUCAAACAACUUGAUACCACUGACUUCUCCAGUUCACCUAAGGUAGAGUUAGAACCGAUGGAAACAGGUGCUUCAGGUGCACUGUAUUCCUUGUAGCGCAUCUCAACUAGUCUACCUUUUAAAAGUUAGACUGAACCUCUUUAUUGCAGGAAUGUUUCCUGUAUUCCAUGAAAAUUUUGUGAAGUUCAUGGACCAUUUGUUUUUGUGUGCUUUCCCCAUGGUAAGGAAAGAUGAACUUUUGUAAAUGUGUGCUCAUUAAACAUUACUUUUAAAUUA